AUGGCAUCUAUUCCCGAACCACCUAAUUUCAAUAUCAGCCCGUCCACACUGCUGGAGAUUGCGACGGGCUUGAUCAACCAUCUUCAGCAAGCUUCGAAUGACCUAAUAAGCCGUGUUUCCCCGCAAAAUGCGACAUUUGAGAAUUCGAUUCGCCCGCUGGCAGACAUUGACAACGAAAUCAAAGCAAAGGUUCAAUACUUAGCUCUCUUUCAGGCAGUUUCUCCUUCGCCUGAAAUGCGCAAGGCAUCCUCAACGGUUGUGAAUAUGGUUGAUAAAGCAUAUCUCGGUCUUUUCCAAAUACCGUCUCUUUUUGCCUUGGUCAACGCUGUUUAUAAAAAGCAAGCAGAGGAGAAUAACCACGCCGAGAAAAAUGCAAAGAGCGAAGAUCAAAAGCUUGUUGAAAGGUUUCACUCAAUGUUUAUGGAAAAUGGACUUGAACUACAAGGGGAGCAGCAAGACAGAUUCCUUUGGAUCUCAAAACGUCUAAUUGAGCUACGAGUUGCGUUCAUGGAGAAUCUUAGCUCUGAUCCUGGCUAUGUGUGGAAAGAAGACUGUGAGCUAGAGGGCAUAGCCGCAGAAACCCUGAAAGCAUUACCUAUACAUUCUUCAACUACCCAAAGGGGUAUCAAGCUUAAGAAGCCGGAUAUAACUAUGGUAUUGACUCGGUGUCACAUCGCGGAGACGCGAAAAGACGUAUUCCUUCGGAGCCAAAAUAUCUUCCCGGAUAAUCUUGAAAUAUUCAAUGAGGCAGUCAUCCUUCGGGAUGAAUCUGCCCGUUUACUUGGGUUUUCGUCUUUUGCUGCCCAGAAGUCGAGACACAAGAUGAUUACAUCCCCACAUGAUGUUGACCAGUUACUGGAUGAACUCUACAAUAACUUGCAGCCCCUCGCGCAGGAGGAGUUGGAAAAUUUAAAGCUCCUUAGAAGGGGAGAUGAAGAAGAUGGAGAGUACUCUUCCCCUUCUCUUUAUCUAUGGGAUUUUGACUACUACAAUGACCGUUUACUACGAGAAAAGUACAAUACCGAUCACGAGUUGAUUGCGGAGUACUUUCCCGCAGAGAUUACAAUUCAACGGAUGCUAAAGGUGUUUGAAACAAUCUUCAGCCUAUCAAUUGUACUCGUUGAAGUCACCAAGGAGCAAGUUUGGCAUCCCGAUGUCCGAGCCUUUAGUGUGCGAGACGAAGAAUCGGCUUUUCUGGGAUUUCUUUACCUUGAUAUUUACCCCCGAGAGGGCAAGUACAAUCAUGCAGCCAAUUUCAACAUCUAUCCUUUCAAGUCUUACUCAUUCGCGGGAAAGCAGACGCAGCCGGUUGCCACCGCCUUAGUAUGCAAUGUCUCGCAUUCAUCGUCAGAUAAGCCGGCUCUUCUACAGCAUCGGGAAUUAAUUACAAUUUUCCAUGAGUUAGGCCACGGCAUACAUGAUCUCCUCGGAAGAUCCAAGUAUGCGAUCUUCCAUGGACAUCGAACAGUUGCAGAUUUCGUUGAAGCUCCCAGUCAGUUGCUUGAAUAUUGGUGCUGGGUCCCUGAAUGUCUCCAGAUGCUUAGUUGCCACUAUUCCUACGUCUCUGAUAAGAAAUGGUCCUCUACCACUGUGCAGCCUCCUAGGGAGAUCCCAGACGAUUUGGUCCACAGCCUUAUUGCAGCUAAAGCGGUCAAUCAAGGGAUUCUCACUCUCAGGCAAAUUGCAUUCAGCAAAUUUGACAUGCAAAUCCACUGUCCUAAUUCCCACUCCUUCAUUCAGUCAAUGCGUACUGGCGAGGUGUAUAACUCACUCCUGCAGAGAACGACACUUCUACAGGGCCCCGGCGACAAGGUAAAUUGGGGGAAUGGACAUAUUACCACUUCGCAUUAUAUGUGGGGUCAAGAAGCGAACUAUUAUUCCUAUCUCUACACCCGUAUAUUGGCGGCUGAUAUAUGGCUUUCUAAUUUUCGUUCAAAUCCAAUGAGUCCUGAGGUUGGUCUCCGAUACCGACAAAUGAUACUGGCACCAGGAGGAAGUCAAAAUGAGAUGAUGGCCCUCGAGGCAUUUUUGGGGAGGUCGCCUACGCUGGAGGCAUAUCUUCGAGAUCUCGGUGCCCGUGAAUAA